AUGACCAGCUCCAUGUGGAAGAUUACUAAGAUAAUUACUUCCAUGUGCUUCGUAGAUAUUGUUCAGGAUACGCUAGAUCCAAACAUAAAAUUGUUGAAGUUGGUGGCUUAUUAUGGUGCUGGAGCUACCCCACCUCCCUUUUUUGCCUCAACAGUAGCCUCACCGACCCCUCACCCCUAUAUUUGGGGAAGCCAGCAUCCUUUAAUCCCACCUUACGGAACCCCAGUUCCAUAUCCGGCUUUAUAUCCUGCAGGGGGAGUGUAUGCCCAUCCAAACAUGACCCCGACACCAAAUUCAGCACAGGCAAAUACAGAGUUGGAAGGAAAGGUCAUUGAUGGAAAGGACCGGGCUUCAGCUAAGAAAGCCAAGGGAACUUCAGGAGGCAAAGCAGGGGAGAGUGGAAAGGCAGCUUCCGGUUCUGGGAAUGAUGGUGCCUCCCAAAGUGCUGAAAGUGGUAGUGAUGGCUCAUCUGAUGCCAGCGAUGAGAAUACUAACCAGCAGGGAUAUGGUGCAAGCAAGAAAGGAAGCUUCAACCAAAUGCUCGCAGAUGCCAAUGCACAAAGUAACUCAGCCGGAGCAAAUAUCCAAGCUUCUAUGCCUGGGAAACCUGUGCCAGGAACUAAUCUAAACAUUGGAAUGGACUUAUGGAAUGCCUCUCCUGCUGCUGCUGGAGCUGCAAAAAUGAGACCAAAUCCAUCUGGUGCCUCAUCUGGAGUUGUUCCUGCUGGAAUGCCUGAACAAUGGGAUGAACGUGAAUUGAAAAGACAGAAGAGGAAACAAUCUAAUAGAGAGUCAGCCAGAAGGUCAAGAUUACGCAAACAGAUAUGGGGUGAUAGGUGGGGUGGUAAAACAGAAGGAAAGCUUCUUUGUGUUGUUCGACAUGUUGUGGCUUUUCAUAGUUGUGAGGAGGAUGAUUCUGAGUUGCGCUGGGUUCCUUUUCGGUUGCUUUUAUGGUGGCAAAGCAAUUGUAAAUUUUGGGAAUCGUUUGCUUUUGAAUUUUAUCGCAAGGCAGAGUGUGAGGAGCUACAAGCCAGGGUAGAGACUUUGAGCAGUGACAAUCGCAAUCUUAGAGAUGAAUUGCAGUCUCUCUCUGAAGAAUGCAACAAGCUUAAAUCUGAAAACGAUUCCAUUAAGGAGGAGUUGACUCGGUUGUAUGGACCAGAAGCAGUAGCUAACCUUGAACAAACCAACCCUGCUUCAGUUCCAGAGUCUCACGUUGGUGAGGGAAACAGUUAA